AUGUCUAAUUUUACAAAUGCUAAACCACAAAGAAAAUAUAGAGAAAGAUCAUAACCUGUAUAUGCAAAUCUUAUGAAUUAAAUAGACAGCUAGAUAAUUUCUAGGUAUUUUAGAAAAGCAUGGUGAUUAUAAAAAGAGAGCUAUCAAUUAUUAAAGAAAGAAAGAAUAAUUACAAAAAUUGCAAUUGAAGGCUGCUUUACGAAAUAAAGAUGAGUUCAAUUUUAGAAUGCUUAAAAGCAAAGUUAAAGAUGGUGUAGUGUAUGAAGAUUAGAAUGAGAGUAGUGGAGACGAAUAAGAAAUCCUUAAAUAAAUUAAAACUUAAAAUUAAAAUUUACUUAAAGCGUCUAUUUAACAAAAGGAAAAAGUAAAAGCAUUUAUCUAGUCAAUUAAUAGUUAACUGAAAAACUCAAGUAAGACUUAGCAAUGGUAUAAUUUGAGUAACCAACACACAAAUUCUUUUUGAAAGAAGCAAGAAAAAAGAGUUUUGAUUAAGUUGAAGACAAAUUACAAGUGGAAGCAUAAUAAUCUGCUCCAAAUUCUGAAUUAGCUUAAAAGAUUAGUAAGUUAACUGAGACAUUAUAUGAGAAGGAGAGAAUGAAACGCUUUUAUGUGGCUAUUACAAAAUCAAAAACUAAAGUAAAUACAGCAUUCAUUGUUUUUAGGAUAAUGUUACAGCGAAGCCUCAUUAAAGAAAAAGAAUCAAGAAAGGCAAAGGAAAAGGAUUGUUUGAAAGAAGUAGAUGA